ACAUCAACAGGAAGUCCAAUGAACAUUUAUGAACUUUUAGAAAUUGACCUUAUCUGUUAGAGUAAUGAUUUAAUUCAACGCUGGCCGUCAUUAGGCUGAAUAUCAAUUUCAAUAAUUUACGUCCUUGUUAUUUUGGGGUUUAGGUUAGUGUUCAGGAUUUUUCGAGAGGAAAACAAACAGCGUGAGCGUGGUGUCAUGGUUUGUGUACAAUGAAUCAGCUGACUGGCUAGCUACCAGCCAACUCAGGUAGCUAGCUACUGAAACACAAAUUAAAUAUUAACAACUCACGACAGCUUCUUGCUUACAAGCAUGUUAUCAACAUGUUUUCAGGCAUUUGAAAGAGUUGGUUAAAUUGAUACAUGCUGACAAUCAGGACCAAGAAAUAGACAGUGACGAUUCGAUUUGCUAGCUGGAUUGCUAGCAAGCUAGCGUUGUAGGCUACUUUACUACUUUGUGAAUGUAGCUACUGUAUACAGCCAGCUUAGUGACUGGAUAGCUUAGCAUUGACAGAAAUAUGCCUUGCACUUGUGGGAACUGGAGGAGAUGGAUCCGUCCUUUGGUCGUACUAUUGUAUAUCCUGCUACUUCUGGUCGUGCUACCCCUAUGCAUUUGGGAGCUACAGAAAUCCGAGGUCGGCACUCACAACAAAGCAUGGUUCAUCGCAGGGAUCUUUGUGUUUAUGACCAUACCCAUAUCAUUAUGGGGUAUCCUGCAACAUUUAGUAAACUACACUCAACCUGAGCUACAGAAGCCCAUUAUAAGAAUCUUAUGGAUGGUCCCAAUUUACAGCUUGGACAGUUGGAUUGCAUUGAAGUACCCCGGCAUAGCCAUCUACGUGGACACCUGCAGAGAGUGCUAUGAGGCUUAUGUCAUCUACAACUUCAUGAUCUUCCUGCUCAACUACCUGGGGAAUCAGUACCCCAGUCUGGCGUUAAUGCUGGAGGUCCAAGAGCAGCAGAAACACCUUCCCCCACUCUGUUGCUGCCCACCAUGGCCCAUGGGAGAGGUGCUGCUAUUGAGAUGCAAGCUGGGAGUGUUGCAGUACACAGUCGUGAGGCCUGUCACAACAGUUAUAGCUCUAAUCUGUCAGCUAUGUGGCGUCUAUGACGAAGGCAACUUCAGCUCAACCAAUGCCUGGACCUACCUGGUCAUUUUCAACAAUCUCUCCCAGCUGUUUGCCAUGUACUGUCUGGUGCUUUUCUACAGAGCCCUGAGAGAAGAGCUGAGCCCUAUUAAGCCAGUUGGCAAGUUCCUGUGUGUCAAACUGGUGGUGUUUGUCUCCUUCUGGCAAGCUGUGUUCAUUGCUUUCCUGGUCAAGGUGGGGGUGAUCUCAGAGAGACACACGUGGGAUUGGGACAGUGUGGAAGCUGUGGCCACAGGCUUGCAGGACUUUAUCAUCUGUGUGGAGAUGUUCCUGGCUGCCAUCGCCCACCACUACAGUUUCACCUACAAGCCCUACAUCCAGGAGGCUGAGGAGGGCUCCUGCUUUGACUCCUUCAUGGCUAUGUGGGACAUCUCCGACGUCAGGGCUGACAUCUCCGAACAAGUGCGCAAUGUCGGGAGAACGGUUAUGGGCCGCCCCAGGAAGACCUAUUUCGGCGAGGCCGAGGAAGACGGCGAGCGCUCGGGCCUGCUGUCCGCAGGCUCCCAGGACCCCAUCGCCACCGAGACCAUGUCCAAUCCGGCGUCCCCCAAGGGCCGCUAUCAAGGCCUGGGAAGAACUCUCACUCCCCACUCACUCUCUGCCCCUGCUGGGCUCAGCUCUGCUGCCUGGGAAGAGGAGGAGGGGGUUGGGGACGAGGCUGUGACCGAUCCGGAGACCGCCGACGCCAAAGAGCCAGCAGAUGCAGAUCUCAUAGUGAUCACUUAGCGUUGUAUAAUUGCUAAGCAAGACUCUCAACAUAAUCAAACCCAGAUACGAUUGGUGAAAAGAAACCAUGUAUGGCCUGUUACAUCCAGACAUUCUUUAACUAACCUUGUACGACCAAAUUAACUGAACGAUGGAAGAUUGAAAAAAAGAAAAAAAAAGCACAUCUUAUCAACAUAUUAAGAUUUCAGCCGCAGAUGUUGUUGGGCGAUGGACCUUUCAGUCAAGGACAGCUCGAAGAAUGUUCACACUCAAGGUUACUCAAGGGGCUCAUGACACUACAACCAUGACCUUUUAGAUACUUUUGUUUAAUUCUACUGUAUUGAACUAAAAAGUGAUUACAGUAAUAUAUCGUAAUAACAUAGCUGAUAAAUUCCUAUUGUUUUGUCUUUAAUGUAACCGGUAGACUUCCGUUUGUAUGGUUGAAGACUUCAUCAGUAUACUCAAGUUUUAUAGAACCAUUUGGGUAAUUCUAUCACAGACUACAUGUCACAGGGUUAAAAAUACAUACGCAAAAAAACAUUUGCUCUGGCGUAAAACAUAUUCCCAUUUGUCUGUAGAGAAAACACAGAUGAUACACGGCACCCGUUUGAACAUGAUCUGUGUUUUUCUAGGUAGGACUUGGCAUGCUACACUUACUCUGGCCACAGCUGUCAAUGUGUCGUUUUUUUCCCUGUUGCCUUGUUCCACUGCACGAGCCGUCAGGCUGGUGAACUAGACCCUGGCGAGUCUGGUGUCAUACAGAACAACUGAAACUGUUGAAAGGAUUAAAGUAGAGUUGGUUGUUGCUGUGUUUAUCUGUAAAGGAGUUGGAUGAGUAUCUACAGAAGUGUGCAACAUCUUGCGCCCAUCACCAAUGAAUUAUAGCUUUGAUUUUGUACAGAAUUUUGUUACAGUACGCAUUACAUUGGUUUGUCUAGUUGUGUGUCAUAUCUCUAUCACUAAAGACUUCUCAAAUCAGGACUGUGGAUCUACAGUUGGAGCAGCUGCAUUGCCAUAACUGAUUGUUUUCUAUCACAAAACAUUAAACUUCAAAUAGGACCUUUGAA